AGCUACUCUAUAAUACUCCGGAGUACAUCCAGCUCUGAGAUCAACCUGCCUGCUGCCAUGUCGAUGAGUGGCUGCCCUAUGGCCCGUGUCCCAGAAAUCGCUGGCGUCGUGCUUGCCGUCGUAUGUCUUGCGAAGGUAUGCAAAGCCUUCACCGCUUCAUCACGCGGCGCACUCUCCUCGGGCAGCACGAACAACCACGGUGUUCCUCAGGAGCUGUCCAAGUGCGAGAGCGCUCUCCUAGAGCGGCUGAAGCUAGCCACGGAGGUCGCUCUGCAAGCCGGUGCCGCCAUGAAGCUGGUCAUCAACACCAAGAAGGAAGGCAUUGUCCACAAGGGGGCCACAGACCUGGUGACGGCAACGGACAAGGCAAACGAGAAGCUAAUCUUCGAUGCGGUGAGAAAGAGCUUCCCAGGGGACGUGCUCAUCGGAGAGGAAUCUAGCGCGGACGCUGGCUCCAUCGCCGCGCUUACGGACGAGCCAACCUGGAUCGUCGACCCCGUAGAUGGCACUACCAACUUCGUGCACGGGUUUCCUAUGACCUGCGUCAGCAUCGGCUUUGGACGCGGAAGCAAGAUGGAGGUUGGCGUGGUAUAUGAUCCUUGCGCGGACGAGUUGUACCAGGCUGUUCGAGGCUUCGGGGCCUUCGUGAAUGGACGGAAGGCGUCCUCCUCGGACUGCACCGAGUUGGGGAACGCCGUUGUGAUAACGGAGUACGGGUACCAGAGGGACCCCGUGGCGGUUCGGAAGAUGAUGGAGGUUACGGAGAAGGUUCUCAGAAAAUGCCGGGGCCUUCGGCAGGUUGGCAGCGGGUGCCUGGACCUUUGUUGGGUGGGCUGCGGCAGGGUAGACGCCUUGUACUCGGGGGUGGCUGGAGAGGGUUGGCAGCCGUGGGACUAUGCCGCAGGUUGGCUUUUCAUCGAAGAGGCGGGGGGGGUCGUCAAGCAAGUGGACGGAAGCCCCUUCCACGUGUUCAGCAAGUCUGUACUGUCCGCCGCGAGCCGAGAACUCGCGGACGAGCUCGUGUCGACCAUACGGUGA